AUGACCGCGACCGUCUUGACAGCAGCCUGUCAUUGUAAAAGCAUCAACUACACUCUCACUGUCCCUGCAGAGUGUCUUCCUCUCAAGGUCCACAUUUGUCAUUGCGGCGUCUGCCGGCGCACUCAUGGCACUCCAUGUAUCUUCCACGCUCCUCUCCCAGCUGGAGUCGCGCCGCAGUUCAACGCCCCAUCUGGCAUGGAUAAACUGACGCCGUACAGCCACGGGCAGUCUACAGGCACACGGUACUUCUGCAGUACCUGCGGUUGCCACAUUGGGGAUCGAGGACACGAUGAUGGUAACUGGGUGAUCUCCACAGCCAUAUUCACAGAACCGAAUGACCAUCUCUGGGAGAUGCACUCGCACAUAUUUACAGAAUCCUCAAGUGAUGGGGGACUUUCGGCAAUGAUUUCACAUGUUGAUGGUCGUCAGCUUGACGUCAAAAACCAAGACACACCAAUGAUUACCAACACUACUGAGACUUUACUGAAAGACCCAAAGCUGAAGUCGAAAGACCUGCUCGCCAAAUGUCACUGUGGGGGCGUAUCGUUCUCCAUUUCCCGUCCCAGAAAGGAAUUCAUCUCCAGCCCUAGAAGCGAAGGGUGGGUUCUACCACAAGACACAAAUAAAUGGCUUGCUCUUCUUGACCUCUGCGAUGAUUGUCGCUUAGUGGAUGGGUCGAAUGUGAUCGCCUGGAUGUUUGUCCCCGUUGAUCAUAUCUCGCCAUGUCCACCAGAGGAUUUGCUCAUUGGGUCUUCUACAAGCUACAGGUCCAGUGAAGGUGUCCUGAGGACAUUUUGUGGAACUUGUGGAUCGACGAUCUUUUACAGCUGCGCCGACCGGCCCGGGAUUGUUGAUGUGGCAGUGGGGAUCUUGCGUGCCGAGAGUGUGAUGAUUGAAGACUGGGCUUUGUGGAGAACUGGGAGGAUUGGAGCCGCUGCCGAUGGACUCAAAUACGACCCUGGAUUCAGUGGAGCUCUGAUUGAAGGGGUUGAGAUGUGGGGUAGAGAGCGAGGCAUGCCGGAAGAUUUCAUCGUACCCUAG